GCGAGCGGGCUCCGAGUGCCGAGGGUGUCCCUGGGCCGGCAGCAGCUGUUGGCGGCGGUCGGCAGCGCGUCCCGGGCGGUCCGAUCCGAUCCGGUGGCGGCGCGAGAUGAGCAGCCCCGAUGCGGGCUACGCCAGCAGCGACGACCAGGUGCAGGGGCGGUGCUCGCUGCCCAUGAUGAUGCCGGCCAUGUGCCCGUGGGCAGAGUCGCUGAGCCCGCUGGGCGAGGCGAAGGCGAAGGGCGGCGCGGCGGCGUCGGGACCGUCGGGCGGCCGGAGCAAGGGCGAGGCGCGGAUCCGGCGUCCCAUGAACGCCUUCAUGGUGUGGGCCAAGGACGAGCGCAAGCGGCUGGCGCAGCAGAACCCGGACCUGCACAACGCCGAGCUCAGCAAGAUGCUGGGUAAAUCGUGGAAGGCGCUGUCGCUGGCGGAGAAGCGUCCGUUCGUGGAGGAGGCGGAGCGGCUGCGGGUGCAGCACAUGCAGGACCACCCGAACUACAAGUACCGGCCGCGGCGGCGGAAGCAGGUGAAGCGCCUGAAGCGGGUGGAGAGCGGCUUCCUGCAGCACGGCCUGGCGGAGGCGGCGGGGCCCGGGCUGGGCAGCGAGGUGUCCGGCGGCGGCGGCGGCAGGAUGUGCGUGGAGGGCCUGGGACUGGCGUACGGCGAGCAGGGCUACGCGGCGGCGGCGGCGGGCGCGGGCCACUACAUCUACUGUCCGCCGCUGGGCGCCGCGUUCGACGGCUACGGCCUGCCGACACCGGACCCGUCGCCGCUGGACGCGGCGGAGAGCGAGGCGUCCUUCUUCGCGGCGGGGCUGCAGGAGGAGUGCGCGCUGGUGCCCUACGGCUACGGCCCGCACCCGAGUGCGGCCGCCGAGUACCCGGCGGCGGCGGCGGCGGCGUCCGAGAGCCCGUCCUAUUUAUCUAAUUUAUUUGAAUCCCUUUGGGACUGGUCCACGGACUUUGUCUGGGCAGACAUAAGCUGCUCUCCCGAUAAUCCUGCAGGCUACAGGACUCGUCCGAACUUCUUUUCGGCUGGUCUUAAUGGAAUGUUUACAUCUUUUUUCCUCCUUUUCUCGUUGCGCGUGAUUAUCGAUAUUUUUGCAGAAUCAGCAGUCUAGCGUGUUUGCCCGGAACAUGUUUCUAGUCGUGUUUUUAACUAUAUCUGUGUUUUAGCAUUUGCGGAAAAUAAAUGAGUGUACAGUUG